UAUUCGUGUUUCGUUAUUGGUCAUUUGAACUCACCACCAAACUAUGGCCGUCACCAGCGAGACGAGCGGCGGCAACAGAUAGGCGCGAGAGGUCCGAAACCAAGAAAAGGGUGUUGGUGAACUUUGAAAAGGUUCGAAAAGUAUUGUUAAUGAUUAAGGUGAUACGGUUGAUGAAAAUGUCGGUGAAUAGUAGGAAGGUGGAAUUGGAAAGAAGGGUUACCAAUAGUGGAAAUAAUAGUGGAAAUAAUGAGGCCUGA